UGUUCAGUGUUAAGGGAACUUGUACAGCAGAGAAAGUGUGAAGUUGAGCAUUCGGACGGACGCUGAGUUGCGUUGAUCAUGGAAAACAAAGGAAGAUAUUUUUUCUUUAAUCCUCAACAUUAAUCCUGAAAUACAUUAUCUACAACAAGCAACAUGAUUGGUCCUCUCCUGAUAUUGUGCAUUUGGGGGUAUACUCUCUCAGCAGAUGUUACAGUUGUGGGGAGAAGAGGGAAUUUUACAGUUCUACAAUGUGGAGAGGAUCCUGGAGGAGAAAUAGUGGGAGUUAUAUGGAAGAUCCAUCACAUGAAUAAUUCUCGGUGUUUAUUCUCAUAUGGUGCACACAUGAGAGGAGGACCCCAGAUAUACAACAACUGCAGUACAAGAAUGACAUUUACCAAUAGAACACUGACCAUCCACAACACCCAGAUCUCUGAUGGAGGAAAUUUUACCUGUGAAUUGUCAUCUACUGGAGGGACCUUCUUCUAUACAACUAUUUUACAAGUAUUAGCUCAGCCCUCUGUGUCUCUGGAUAUAAACAGUGAUGGAUCUCCGGAGUGUAGAGCCAUUGGUGGAUUCCCAGCUGCAGAGAUCUCCUGGAUCCCAUCUUCAGAUGAUAUAAACACUACAGAAAUGGAAGCUUUGGAUGAUACCUGGACAGUGAUCAGCACAUACAAGUCUGAUCGAGACAUGGUGGUGACAUGCCUUGUGUCUCAUCCCACAUUUGUGAAUGUCUGGAGCCAGUCAAUUGUAUCACCAGUUGAGACAAAAUGGGAAUUGAUCUGGAGUCUUGUAGGCUUCGCCAUCUUUCUUUUCAUUGCCCUGUGUAUUGUCUACUGGAACCAAAAGAAAAUCAGAACGUGUUCCAAAAAGUCACUUAACACAUCUCCCCCGCAACAAGUGGAUGGCAUUGCAGAGGAGACACAAGAAUUUGAGCCUUAUGCCACCUAUACCCAGAGGGAGAACGUUGUGUAUUGGGGGACUCUUAAGGUGACGCGGCUAAAUUAGACAUCUGAAAUGAUGAGAAUGAACUGUAUGGAUGAACUAAACAGAAUUGUAAAUAUUAGAGAUAUUAUUAAAAUAUUCCACUAUUAUCUUAAA